UAUAAAAUUAACGCCAUUUUCUACUGUCGUCUUCUUUGUUCUUCCGUCUGUGCACAAAAAAGGGCGAGAAUCAAAGGCCAUCCUCAACACCGACCCAGGUUGUGUUCCCUGGAAGAAACAGAAAAUAAAUCAAAUGAGAAAGUGAGGGAUAUGGCGAUUAACUAGUUAAAAAAAGUAAGAAUCAUUUUAACCCAAAAAAAUGAAAUUGAAUCAGAAAACGCUCGGCCAUUAGCUGGAAAUGGGGAAGCAGAAGGAAAGUACUGCUAUGGAAAUCGAGGAUCAGAGUUCUAUUCCUUCUGACCAGAUCAGUAACCUUAAGUUCUCUGUCAAUGUGUUACAGCUUUUAAAAUCUGCUCAAAUGCAGCAUGGACUGAGAUUCGGUGAUUAUGCUCGUUACAGGAGGUAUUGUACGGCUCGAUUAAGGAGAUUGUAUAAAUCACUCAAGUUUACUCACGGACGUUUGAAGUACACUAAGCGUUCAAUUUCAGUAACUACGGUCACCGAAGUAAGGUUUCUUCACUUGGUUCUCUAUACAUCUGAAAGAGCUUGGAGUCAUGCUAUGGAAAAGAAAACAUUGCCUGAUGGACCAAAUGCACGCCAAAGAAGUUAUCUGAUUGGUCGGUUGAGAAAGGCGGUUAAAUGGGCUAGUCUUUUCCAGGAAUUAUGUUCCAUCAAGGGAGAUUCAAGAACAUCUUUAGAAGCUGAGGCUUAUGCUGCAUACAUGAAAGGGAGUUUAUUGUUUGAAAAAGAUCAAAAUUGGGACGUUGCUCUAAAGUGUUUCAAAAGUGCCAGGGCUGUGUAUGAGGAACUUGGAAAAUAUGGGGAUCUAGAGAACCAAGUAUUGUGCCGUGAGCGAGUUGAGGAACUAGAACCUAGUAUCAGAUAUUGCUUACACAAGAUUGGUGAGUCUAACUUACAAACUUCUGAACUCGUUUCCAUCGGUGAAAUUGAAGGGCCUGCACUGGACCUUUUCAAAGCAAAGUUGGAGGCUGCUAUGGCAGAGGCAAGAUCUCAGCAGGCUGCAUCUAUGACAGAAUUUCAUUGGCUUGGAAAUAGAUUUCCAAUUUCAAAUGCAAAGACACGUGUGUCCAUCCUGAAAGCCCAGGAACUGGAGAAAGAUAUCCAUGGUUCAGCUGCUGAUUCUCUUCCAGCAGAGAAGAAACUUGUGUUAUAUGACAAAAUAUUUGCCGCAUAUCACGAAGCCAGGAGCUGCAUCCGGAAUGACCUGGUUACGGCUGCUAAUUCAGAAAAUGUGAAGGAUGAGUUAAGUGGACUGGAUAAAGCCGUUGGUGCAAUUUUAGGUCAGCGAACCAUUGAGAGGAACCAGUUGCUAGUUAAAAUAGCUAAAAGCAAGCUCAACAAGGUCCGUGAUGAUAAAAAUGAAAAGGUCACGAAGCCAGAGGAGCUUGUUCGUCUGUAUGAUCUACUGUUACAGAAUACUGCUGAUCUUUCUGAUCUAGUUAGUUCUGGAAGAGAUAGAAAGAUUGAAGAAGUUGCGUUAGCUGAAGAGUGUGAGCUGAAAAGUAUGGUUUUCCGAGCAGAAAGGUGCUUCUACUUAGCAAAAUCCUACAGUUCGGCGGGAAAGAGGACAGAAGCUUAUGCCUUGUACUCUCGAGCUCGUUCUUUAGCUGAUGCAGCUCUUAUGAAACUGCAGUCCGCGAAUGCUGCUGAUCUGGUCAUGAUCAAGGAACUGAAAACACUGUAUAAUGAGAGCAGAUCUAACAGCUGUGCUGAGCAUGCCAGAGGAAUUAUGGAGGAGGAAAAGGCUCCAGAAAAUCUCUCGAAAAAGAUAUCUAAUAUCUCAUUGAAUGGAACUGAUAAGAAGAUGGAGAAACUUCUCAUGGAAAAAUUGGACACAUAUGAAUCAGCUGUUGGUGAAGCCAACGUGAAGGUUGUUCCUCGAAUUGAAACAUUUCCACCUGCCUUUCAACCAGUUGCUCGUAAUCCCAUCGUAUUGGACCUGGCCUAUAACCUUAUUGAGUUCCCAUCACUGGACUCUCGUAUGAAGAAAGAUAAGAAAGGUUUCAUUAGUAGGUUUUGGGGCUGAGCUGCUUUUUUCAUUGGUCAUUGAUUUUUCAGUUGCACCAUAGAGUUGAGUUGAGGCAAUUUUAUCAAAUUUUUAAGCUGCAAAAUUCUUCAACAUGACUUCAGAAAAUUUUUCUAUACCUGAGAAGUCAGAGAAAAAUUUCAUUUUAUAUGCACCGUGUUUUUUCUGAAGUUCUAGUUUUGGAACAAAGUUCAAAAGAAUCAUUAAGAGGGCCUUCAUUGGUUGCAUAAAA